AACCUUAUUUGUAACGAACCGUACCAAAUCUAUACGGGUUUAACCUCGUAUCGCUCGCUAGCGUCGACCCACAAAUCCGAUGCUAUUUAGCAUUGCCUCUCCUCUUGCCCAAUCUCUUUGCCCCAGCUCCAGAAGAUUAAUUUCAUCAAGCUGCAGAAUUUCAAGAAUGGUUCUUGAAAAUUCGAGUCUGAUCAGCAAAAAACAACACGCCAAUUUCCGCCUCUGCAAUGUUUCUGGCUACAAGACUGAUUUACUUGAAGUUCAUGCCCAAGAUCCAAAAUUGCAUGUGGUAUUCAUUCCUGGAAAUCCAGGUGUUAUUUCAUUUUACGUUGAUUUUGUUGAGUCGCUAUAUGAGCUACUGGGAGGAACUGCAUCCAUUACAGCUAUCCAGCACAUAUCUCAUGGCAAAAAGAAUUGGGAGUCUGGAAGGCUGUUUUCGUUGAAAGCACAAAUCAGUCAUAAGAUCAACUUCAUCGAGCAGGAGCUACAUAAUGCUGAAGUUCCUAUAGUCCUGGUCGGGCACUCUAUUGGUUCCUACAUAUCUCUGGAAGUUUUUAAAAGAUCGCGGAAAAAGGUGGGAUUCUGCAUCGGACUAUAUCCAUUUCUAACCGUGAACACCAAAUCUUGGACGCAAUUUUUUAUUAAGAAGAUUGCAGCAUCCCGGUGUAUCUCUGCAAUGCUUAGUGCUGUCAUAGCGUUUUUGGGAAUGCUACCAGCCUGGUUCUCGAGAUCUCUAGUGAAGAAAUUAGUCGGAAAAUUUUGGUCUCCUGCUGCUGUCGAGGCCCUUUGCACUCAUGUCCUCCAGUUCCACACUAUGCAGAAUGUACUUUUCAUGGCAAUGACGGAGUUUGAUAAGCUUUCGGACACACUUGAUUGGUCCUUCAUGAGGCAAAAUAAAAACGAGAUGGCUUUUUUGUUUGGUAACGAUGAUCACUGGGGUCCUACGCAUCUGCUUGACGAGAUUGCGGAGAAGGUUCCUGGUGCUAGUUUAGCGGUAGAACAGGCGGGCCAUUCUCACGCUUUCUCGUGUACAAAGGAUGGCUCGGUAUGGGUAGCCCAGUAUGUUGCGAGCUUGAUUAAGAGACAUAUAUCAUAGAAGUAAUCAUUCCCUCGUAAGACAGGCACCCGUAACAUCAUUCAUUUUCAUUUUCAAGAACGGGGAAAGCAAGAAUUUUUCCAUCGCCAAACUUGAAACAAAAAGCGGAGAUGCAUAUAUAUUGAAUAUCGUUGUUGCCAUGUUACAGAGGAUCGUUUGAUCUCAAUCUUCUCGCCCCGCCUGCUACUUAUCUGUCAAAUGAAUGCUACUUACAUCAUGGUUGUAUAUUAGGUUCAGUACUUAGCCCGGACGCCACGGCAGAACACUCCCAAAUUACCAUCUUUCUGCUAGGAGCUUCCAUCUUCAUAUUAAUGACAUUUAUGGCAAAAGCAAGGUUUAGGUCAGCUUUGGUACCUAAGACUUCAAGAACCUAUGGAAAACCUGCCUAAAUUUAUGGUUUUCUCUGCAGAUAACUCAUGUAAUUGAAGUUAUUACAGUACUGUCUUUGUUUCUCCUCUUUCUUGACUUUUGGUUUCUGGGACUGUACUCAUAACUCAUGUUUAUGAUAACAAAACACAGUUUCAUAAGCUACAAUGUUAAAAGCAUCCUUAAAUUUUGUCUGUUA